AAGCACCUUCAUGUCUUUUACCACCGGGGCUGAAACUUUACCGAAUGUAAACAAGGGUCGAACAACUCAAAAUUUGAUUAUUUUUUUUUGUGAAAUUUUGCAAAAUUCAGUUUAAUUAAGUUUUACGGCUAUUUAAAGGCUAAAAUGCUUCAAGAAAAGUUAGAACAACUUGUAAAGAUAUUAGAGAAACAGGAAUUGGAAGAUUCCCUUCAAGAUACAAAGCUCUAUCAUGAAUUAUUUGCUGCAUAUCUUUAUUUAGAUGAUUUAGUAAACGCAAGGUUCUUAUGGAAACGCAUUCCUGUGGCAGUCAAGAACGGAAAUCAAGAAUUAGAGCAUAUGCAUAAAAUCUUCCAGUGCUUGUGUAAAAAUGAAGUUGUUGAGCUUUACAAGCUUCUUGAUAACUUUAAAUGGUCCAGAAGUGUUGCAGAGAUUAUGUACGAGUUAAAAGAUAAGAUCCGAAUGGAUACAAUAGAAUUAAUAGGUCAUGCAUAUACAUCAAUUUUUGAAAAUGUCUUUGGAGAAAUGACAAACUUAACACAGGACAUGAUUGAAGAUACAUGCAAGCGUUUAGAUUGGGAAAUACAAGACGGUCCACAGCCUCGAUUGAUACUUCCAAAGAAACCCGUAGCCGAUAGAGUUAGUGUAUUGAAUGCUGAAGAUCAGUUACAAAAAUUGACCAGUUUUGUAUCAUUUUUGGAAAAUUAAGCUAUUUAUAUCCAUCUCAAUGUGAUUACAUCUUGUUAAUAAAAAAUAUCUUAAAUAAUCAUCAUGAAACAUGCGUUAUGAACUUUAAUUAGACACUGUAGACUGAUGUGGAUAAUUGCGACAUAAUGGAAUCAGAAAAUUAAUGCCUUUGAGGCAUCACACACAGCAUACAGGCAUUGCCAAUUUCGUCAAAAUUUAAUUUUCAUUCAAAACGACAUAAUAUCACUCGCAUUAGUUCUUAAUUAACAUUUUAUUAUAAUGCUUUGCUAUGCAUCAAUGCGCAGGCAUUUAGUUUGCAAAUUUCAUUGUUACACACACCUCCGAGAGAUAAUGCAUCUUUUAACACAAAAAACAAUAAUAUUAUACAUUUCUGAUAACAAGGCUCGAAAAUCAUUAUCAAAUUGCCUUUAAUUACGCAAUUAUUCAACCCUCAAAUCAUGAUCUCAUUUAAUUUUCGACAUUAUAUAUUGUGUGCAUCGCAAAAUAUCCAUUUUAUUCAGUCCCUCACUCCACACCAUACUUAUCUCGUCAGGCAUCACGCUUGCUAUUGUUGCGGACGGUUUUUAUUUCAUUCUUUCAUACCAGUUCAAUUUAUUUGGUGGAAUGUAUGUGAAAUUAUUAAGUGUUGAUAUGGGUUAUUAAGGCUAGCAAGUGCGCA